AUGUGGUACUUUGUAGCAUGCUGCGUGGUGCUGCUGUUACUAUGGCUGCACUUGGACAACUUGAAACCACCCAAUUUCCCACCCGGUCCCAAAUGGUAUCCGAUAGUUGGUAGUGCGCUGUCGAUCAUGAACGCGCGAAAUGCCACGGGCAUGCUGUGCAAGGGCGCUGAGCUCAUUGCGGCCCGGUAUCCCAAAAACCGUGGCGUGCUCGGUUUUAAGAUAGGCAAGGAUAUGGCGGUGAUGGCUAUCAGCGGCGAUUCGCUGAAGGAAAUGAUGAAUAAUGAGGACUUCGAUGGGCGACCGACGGGGAUCUUCUACGAAACUCGUACGUGGGGCCUACGCCGUGGAGUUCUGCUUACGGACGAGGAGUUCUGGCAGGAGCAGCGUCGCUUCAUCGUGCGCCAUCUCAAGGAAUUUGGCUUCGCACGCAAGGGCAUGACGGAAAUCAUCCAGAACGAGGCGUCCCACAUUCGCAAAGACUUCGAGGGACUGAUAGUGCAGGGCAACGGGAAGGCCGUCGUGCAGAUGCAGGGCGCAUUCUCCGUUUACGUGCUGAACACUCUCUGGCUCAUGAUGGCCGGAGUUCGGUACGGCAAAGACAAUGACGACUUGAAGUAUCUGCAGUCGCUGCUGCACGAGCUGUUCACCAACAUCGACAUGAUGGGAGCACUGUUCAGUCACUUUCCGUACCUCCGGUUUGUGGCCCCACGACUUUCGGGCUACCGCCAGUUCGUGGAGAUACACGAGUGUAUGCAUAAAUUCAUUGGAGAAGAGGUGGAACGGCACCAGCGCAACUUUAACCCCGACGAUGAGCCGCGCGAUCUGAUGGACAUCUAUCUGCGGACACUGCACAACAACAACGCCCCGUCGGACAGCUUUUCGCGGGAGCAGCUGCUAGCCGUGUGCCUGGACAUGUUUAUCGCCGGAUCGGAAACGACUACCAAGACCCUAGACUUUGCCUUUCUGUACAUCGUGCGCAAUCCUACAGUGAUGCGCAGACUUCAGGUUGAAAUCGACGAAGUGAUUGGGCGUAAUCGAACACCCGUACUGGAGGACCGCAUAAACAUGCCCUACUGCGAGGCAACUACCUACGAAGCGCUGAGAUUGUUCAUGUCGAAUACUUUCGGUAUUCCGCACCGAGCACUCAAGAAUACCAAACUGUGCGGCUACGACAUACCGAAGGACACUAUGUUAAUCGGGAUGUUCCGCGGCAUGAUGCUGGACGAAAACGUCUGGAACGCUCCGACUCAGUUCGUGCCCGAACGGUUCCUGAAAGACGGUAAGGUACAUAUCCCGUCGCAGUACCAUCCGUUUGGCGUUGGCAAACACCGAUGCAUGGGUGAGCUGAUGGCACGAAGCAAUCUGUUCCUGUUCAUAACCACCACGCUACAGUCGUUUGAUCUGAAACUGCCGGAGGGAGACCCACUUCCUUCGGAGGUGCCGCUCGAUGGAGCAACGCCAAGUGUAAGAAAGUAUCACGUUGUCGUUACUCGACGCUAG